UCAGUAUGUAACAUGGAAAUGCUUCUACAAGUUCUACUGACUGUUAGGUUUCCAGUUUAAAUAGACUAUAUUUCACGUAACUUAUCUUAAAAUGCUUGCGGUUUGUUCCAAAAUAGCUUGUGUUCUUUUCUCCGGGGUUUUCAGUUAAAUCUGGUAACUGAGUUAAAAUCGCAGCACAUUCGCCCCACCCAGAAAUGUAAUGAGUCAUUGUACACUUUUAGACAUACAGGAAGCAUAGAGAUUCAGGAAAGUACAGCUGAGGUCUAAUGGCAACGCUAUAUUUUCUUGUGAUGACGCUGGAGUAUUGCAGGCAUUGAUGCCCCUUUUAGGAAUAGCACACCAGAGAGAAUUGCUCCAUCAUGUCCAAGGUAAAUGCGUCUCUUCCCGGCGGCCCAAGAAGCCCUGGCCCGGGUGAAGGACAUUGCAUAAUCUGCAUGGACGACAUCGUGGAGAAACGCACUCUGGAAAAGUGUAUGCACUCGUUCUGCGCGAGCUGUAUUAGCGAAGUUUUCAAAGUAAAACCUGCCUGCCCGAUAUGCAAUACAUUCUACGGCGCUUAUGUGGGAAUGCAACCGCAAAAUGGUUCGAUGGAAGUUACCCGAAACUGGGAGCGUUUACCCGGGUUCGAGUCCUGUGGAACCAUAGUAAUCGACUACCGUUUCCCAGCUGGUAUACAGGAGGCUGGCCAUCCAAACCCGGGGCGGCGGUACGCCGGCACAUCUCGGCGGGCGUUCCUGCCGGCGAACACGGAGGGGGAGCGCGUCCUUCGGCUGCUGCGGAGGGCCUUCGACCAGCGCCUCCUCUUCACGGUCGGCACCUCAGCCACCACCGGCCUCUCCAACGUCAUCACCUGGAACGACGUCCACCACAAGACCAACAUGCAAGGGGGACCACAGUGCUUUGGCUACCCAGAUCCAGGGUAUUUGCUGAGGGUCCAGGAUGAGCUCAGGUCAAAGGGUGUGACUGAAGAUGUCGUCAGCAAGCCUGUGGACAGAGAGUCCUGAGAAAGCACAGGCCCGAUAUUAACCCGCCUGCCGGGCUCAUUUUGUGGACUGACGUAAUGACCGGCAGUGGCAAGCUGCACUGCGCACUGUGCCUGGUGUGCUAUGACUUAAAGGUCGGCUCUGAAGGCAUCAGCUUGAGGUUGGUGCGCUUACAGGCCCUGGAUGUUCCUUUGAUAUUUUCAGGAGGACCCUACUGCCUCCCUUCCCUUCUCAACAAAAGCCAAUCUUUAUUACACCCAGGUAGAUGAAACGACGCAGUGUAGAACUCGGUUUCCUUAUUUUGACUCUGAAUUCAAGCUAUGCAAACAAUGUGGGAUGAUGAUGAUGCAGAAAGUCUCGCAUUAAAAAGGUCUCAUCUGGGUAUUUAAUUUAAAGAAAUAGUUCACUUUCUGCUGUUUUAUAUAUUAGUUCUGUUUUAGCCUGGCUAACGGCAGCCAUGCAGCAAUUCCUUGGCCAGGCCAGCUGCAUCUAAACCAUGCCUCUGUGGUCCUUAACUUUGGAGUGAAGAGCAUUUAAACUGUGCCACAAAGAAGUAACAUGACAUAUUUGGGAAUAAAUACUAUAAAUUGAAUAUGCUCAUAUGUAUAGUCUCCACAAACAUAAUGCUGUUGUAUAAUAAUGCUGCUUGGGAUUUACUGGAAGUGUAUUUUCUUGCUUUAAUCCACAAACCCAUCAAUGCCCCUGUACUAGCCAAUGUAAUGCCAGCAGGUCAUCAGAAACUUCAGGAAGUAUCUAAAUCUCCUUCAUUGCACAAAACACUGUCUGGGCCACUGAAGAACAUAUACUACAUCUGGAAUGAUAUUCUUAAAAAUCCAGAAAGUGAACUAUCCCUAUGCAUUCAGGAGUCCCAGCCCCCACCAUCCCAACACUGCCUUGAUACUUAUUUCAUUGAACCCUCACACACUACUCUGAAAUUACAACCUGUCUUUUUCUCAGUGUCACAAAGGGACAUAUUCAGCACCCUUCAUCUUCUGGGAGGUGUCAUCUGUAACGGUCUCCUCCUGCAGAUUGUCCCUUGUCACAGUCACCUUGGUAACAGUGUAAACACGGAGGUGUGUGCACAUACAAUAGUACAGUAAUGUAGCCACAGGUGCAAUGUGCAAGUCCUUGUGAUUGCAUCACAUUUGGGAGCAGCAUCUGUGUGCGGGUACUGUGUCUCCUCAGCCCAGUGACAUCGUAACCAACAGCUCAGUUUUGUGUAUAUAUGAGCUAUGAGAUAUACUGAUGUUCCUAGUGCAAUAAACCAAUUAUGUGGCUUGAAAA